CAUGCACGCGGCUUGCAAUCUCGAUUCUACUAGACUCUCAGAUCCAUCUACUACCCGUCUGAUGCCCCAGAUACCGCCAAGUUUCUUGCUGCCAGGUUUUAGAUGAAUGUCGAUGCCCUCUCACAAACACCCCUGCACGCAAAAAAGCCGGCCCGAGUUGAGUGCUGACUGAGGUCUGCACGUGACGCUGACGAUGAGCAAAUGUCAGACGGAUGAGGCUGGCGAUAAGGCAUCAGCCGUUGAUCUUACAUCUUUAUUGAGACAUAUUUAUCCGCCCUUCUAUCAUGUCGACAAAUUCGAGCAACCUGGAUCGCAGACGAAUUCCGGCAACAAAUAAGAAAAGCUUCCCUCCGCCGCCAGUUGGUCCUCCACUUGAAAACGCCUCAGCCGCGAGUCGGUCGCAGCCAUGAGCGGCACAUUGACUCAAUUCGACCUUGUCUCGUCGCAAUAUGGCCCUGGAGUUCUCGCCUGCUGGAUACUAUCUAUUGCAUCUACCUUUGUUUCGUGGACUCUGCAUUCAGAGUAUCGCACACAUGACUCUCUCGAUGCGGAUCUCAUAGUGGCAUUGGCAUACCCUUUCAUUGCAGCCUGCGAUGUGCUUUCACAGAUAGCCAAUUACUCUCAAGAAUUUGAGUCAGAAGCCGACUCCAAGCUUGCGCAGAUACAACAUCGUCUCGCGCUACAGGCCCCGCUCUCCGUGGUCAUCCUCUUUUGCACCUUCGCGCCCUGGAUGAUUCUGGUUUCCCAGCGGCUGAAAAUUCACCCAAUGAAUAUACUGCACGUCAUGGGCAAGGCGAAUGUUCCCAAGCUGGUUGUCCGAAAAAGAGCCCUGGCCGUUUCAGUUACUUGGUUUAUAUGUUGCGUGGCUUGUGCGAAGCGGUAUUAUCGGGGUCCCCAUGAGUCCUACGAUGAUGACCAUCUCAAGUCGUUGGGAAUAGACGCCUACGAACCAUUCAUCAUCUCAUGUUGGAAAAUGGGCCAGGGCAAAAUAUUCAGCUCCUUUUUUUAUCACGUCGUUUUCCUCAUGACAUACAGCUUUUAUCUUGCCCAAGGGAUAAGCCUGGCAUAUCCAUUUCUUAUCUCAAUAUUGGCAGCCUUAUUUCACUGUCUUGAUUGGAACAUCGAAAGAACGGCUCCUAUCAUAUUAUUGAAGAGAAUAACGGAGACGUUGCGAACAGUUUGGGGUCUUUUAAGAACAAACAUGUCUUCUUAUAUCUACACCCAGACAGGUAGCUUUCAUUUUCUCGCGGCUGUUGCCCUACUUCAGGGGCGCCCAGAUAAAUUUCCUAUCUACAACCCCUUCCGCCUGUCUGGAAAUUCGAUAUCAGAGUUGGAUCAAGCAUUUGCUUUGUUCACCGGCGUUGUUAUUUUCCUAUUCUGGUGCUGGGGUGCUUAUAAAUCGAGGAUUGUAUCUGGUGCCAUACUGAGAUACUAAAGUAUCACGGCACGGGUUUACAAUAGAGUAUUAGACAUGAUGUAUAAACAUCUUCUUAUUUCACGAUUAUCGUCGG